ACAUAAAGUUUGCCUUGAUGGAUAAGAAAGAGAAUGCCAUGAAAAUUUCCAGCUAAAAUAGAUGAACAAAUCUUAUUUGAGAAGUUGCUUUGCUACUAGAACCAGGAUACUUUAAGUUCCUUGAAUCUUCGUUGAAGAUAUUUCAGUGAAUUUAAGUCUUAUGCACAAGGUGUUGUGCUGUUUGCUUUUGCUGUGGCAGUGAAAAGGCAUCUGUGGAAGUGACUGGUCCAGCAGAAGGAAAUAACUGAGACAACUUCACAGGCCAUUGCUCAAAGUCCCAGACUGCUGGACACCUGCCCUAUAAGAGGAGAGCUCGUCUUCAGAGAGUGCUCUGACAACUGGAACUCAGGGUGACCUCUUCCUCAGCCUGUUUGCAGUACUACUUGUGAUCCCCACUACAGUCAUGCCUCGUGGCCAUAAGAGCAAACUCCGUGCCCGUGAGAAGCGCCGCCAGGCCCGUGCUAAAAAUGCACAGGAGGAAGAAGCCUCUCCAGGUCCUUUCUAUGGGUGUCCACAUCAGGCUAUUCCUGGUGCCAGUAUGCCUACAUCUCCCAACAUGCCAAUGGGAGAGCAGUCUACCUUUUCACACUCAUAUGCAAGUACAAGUGACCAAAACCUAGAUGAGAAAAGUUCAGAUGACUCUGAGGACACUGAGGACUGGUGUAAAGAUCCUAUUAACCACAAUGUAGUCUUGCUGGUGCAGUUCCUGAUGGAGAAGUAUCGAAAGAAAGAGGUUAUUACAAAGGCAGAUAUGCUGAAGUAUGUUGUCAAAACAUCUAAGAACCACUUCAAUGAGAUCCUAAAGAGAGCCUCAGAGCACAUGGAACUAGCAUUUGGUAUUGAUCUGAAGGAAGUUGAUCCAACCAGGCACUGCUAUGCCCUUUUUAACAAACUAGAACAUACCUUUGAUGGAGUGAUGGGUGAAGAAAAAAUGCCCAGUAGUGGCCUCCUAAUGAUUGUGCUGGGUGUGAUAUUCAUGAAUGAUAACUGUGUCUCUGAAACUGAGAUCUGGAAUGUGCUGAGUAUGAUGGGUGUAUAUGCUAAUAGAAAACACUUCAUCUAUGGAGAUCCUAAGAAGGUCAUCACUGAAGAUAUGGUGCAGCUAAAGUACUUGGAGUACCAACAAGUGCCCAACAGCAAUCCUCCAUCCUUUGAAUUCACAUGGGGUCCAAGAGCCUGUGCUGAAAUCAGCAAGAUGAAAAUCUUGGAGUUUUGGGCCAAGAUCCAUGAUACUACACCAGAUUCCUUCCCAACCUUGUAUGAAGCAGCUCUGAAAGAUGAAGAAGAGAGAGCCCAAGCCAGGGCUAUAGCCAGGGCUCACACUGCUGCAAUGGCCAGUCCAUAUUCAAGAGCCGCAAUGUGCAGCUCCUCCCAUACUAAUAUCUAAGGCUAUUUCUUCACUAUUUGUAAAGGUCUGUAAGCUACCUAAUAGUGUAAGGUUAAUAUGCUAUGAAGUGCCUAUAAUAUUUCUAUUUCUCUUUUAUAGUAGUAACUUCCAAUUUUCCCCUUUUCCCUCUUUUAAUUCUAGGUUACACAUCAAAGGUUAAAGUCUGGGAAAGAUUUUCUUUGUGGAAAUUAGACAAUGGACAAUUUAAGGAAGGAGCACACUGAAUAUCAUUGUUGCAUUCUUCUGCCAUACCUAAGUUUCAUAUCAGUUUUUUUGUGUUAUAUUUCAGAUGUUUCUUUUAAAAGUUUCUAGCGUUUUUAAAAUGUAACUAUGUAAUACAUUUCCUUAUACAUUUAAUGUCUGGAGCUGUUGGAAGGGAAAGUCACUUUUCUUUAGGGGUGUGACCACUGGUGUGUUCUCCAUCUUCCAGUGGAUGAACCUACACCUGGGCCCAUAUGGUAGCACUAACUGGACUUAACUUUUUUUAAAAAUUAUUUUUAGAGAUGUAUUAGAAGAAAGGGUAAGCUUUAUAUCAGUUUGAAUCUACCAGUUUGUUCAAUAUUAGUGUCUUGUUGGCUCAGUGAGUAAAAUCUGGGUCAAAAUAUAGUUGAUGUUAAGUAACAUUAAGAUAGCAUAAAUGGAAAAAAAUGAGAGAAUACCUAGUUCUUGGUUUUCUUUAUUUCACUUCAUUUUAUACAAAUAAAAUGUAUGUACUUUGAUUUGUUUUACUAAGAAAUUUAGGUGAUAAUAAAGUUUUUAAGCUG